AUGGGGGUCGAAGGACGAGUGAAAGCAGUGUCCGGACAACUGCUCAAUGCCUUUCCAAAAAAGGAAGACUUGAAAACCGCCUUCAAAUUCAUCCGCCUACUGUUUUCGCUGAACUAUACCACCGUAGACGUCGUGCUCAUUACAGUCGGAACAUUCUUCGCCAUCGCCGCAGGUAUCCCGGAACCAUUACUCGGUGUUGUCCUCGGUCAAUUGAUCAACGAACUCAAUGAAGUUGCCUGCUCAGCAACAGUCUACAACUCCUCCUCCGUUCUAACGAAAGUCCUCUACCUAAUCUACAUCACUAUAUUCAAUUUUGCAAGCAUCUACAUCUACGCGUCAUGCUGGGCUCUUGUCAGCGAACGACUCGCUCGUCGGUACCGCAAAGCAUACUUUCGCAGCGUCAUCCGCCAAGAGGCAGCGUUCCAUGAUACUUUGCCCUCCGGCCAAGUGAUUUCGCGGUUGGUCAGUGACAUUGAGACGCUGCAAUCCGGUACUUCUGAAAAAGUUGGAAUCUACAUCGCUACAGUGUCAUACUUUGUGACUGCAUAUACCGUGGCAUUCUGCAAAGUGCCCGUCAUCGCGGGUAUACUGGUCGCUGCUAUUCCGUGCCUCUUUGCCAUGGCUAUGAUUGGAGGUCAUUUCGCAUCACGAUAUGGGACACGGGUGGGUAUAAAUGUUGACAGUGCGACUUCUAUCGCGUUGUCUAGUUUGUCCCAUAUGAAGAUUGUCCAUGCCUUCAAUGCGCAGAGACGGCUGGAGGAGCUUUUUUCUUUUCACCUCUCCCGAUCUCGCAAAGGUGCGCUCAAGAAAGCUGCGGUGCAUGCCGGACAGAUGGGCACGCUAUUCUUCAUAGUCUACUCGUCAAAUGCGUUGGCUUACUGGAAGGGUGCUCAUUUGAUAGCGGACUCAAUCGAUGUUCUCAACUCUGGAGUCUCUGUUGGUGCCGUUUAUACGGUUAUAUUUAUUCUGAUCGAUGCCACUUUUAUCUUCAGCCAGGUUUCCCCUUACAUGCACGUAUUUAGCGCGGCGACUAGCGCAUCUGGACGGUUUUUAGAGGUCAUCCAGCGGGAUUCCAACAUCGACGGUACAUCCAGCGAGGGCGAGCGGAACGCCAAUUUGGAGGACCACGAUAUCUAUUUCAAAGAGGUCCACUUCAAAUACCCUGCACGACCAGAAACACCCAUCUUGCAAGGACUUAGCUUUUCAAUCCCGGCAAAGCAGCACACCGCUAUCGUCGGGCCAUCGGGAGGUGGAAAGUCCACAAUCGUUGCACUGCUGGAACGAUUCUACGAUCCACUUGAAGGGAAAAUUUUCAUCGGGGAACAGGACAUUCAGAAUGUGAAUCUUGCGAGCUUGAGAGGUCAGAUGGGAUUUGUGCAGCAAGAAUCGCAGUUGAUGAAUCGAUCGAUUUUGGAGAAUAUUGCAUAUGGUCUCGUUGGAUCUGUGAGGCAUAAGCACCUGGCAGAGGUCAUCUUGAAUAUGAGUUUGACUGCUUUCGUAGCUAAAGUUCAGUCUGGAUGCUCUGAGGAGCAGGCACUUGCAGAUUGUGAUGUCCGGAUUGCUGAAGUCGUGCAGCUGGCGAAAGCAGCAGCAGAAAGAGCUAACGCCCUCGGCUUUAUCCAAGCCUUGGAAUUUCGAAUUUCUAGUCAAGUGGGCAUGGCCGGUGGUCAGCUUAGUGGCGGCCAGCGGCAGCGCAUUGCGCUUGCAACCGCUCUUGUCAGAGAACCCAAGAUGCUUAUUCUGGAUGAGGCGACUGCAGCACUAGAUUCAAUGAGUGAGCAAUUAAUUCAAUCUGCCUUGCUGAAUCUGUCCGAAACUACCACAAUAGUAUCUAUUGCGCAUCGACUUGCCACGGUUAAGGACGCGGAUCAAAUCGUUGUUAUCCAGAACGGCCAAUUGGUGGAAAGAGGCUCUCCUCAGAUGCUGUUGAAGAGAGGUGGUGCUUAUGCGACAAUGAUCAGUCAACAAAAAGUGAAUAAUGCGAACAACGAUCUUUCAAUAUCCAUGUCAGUCGAUACCGAAGGAAAUUCAAUUUCUACAGACCCAAACCAAAUAAGAACGAAGGAAAUGACCUUGGAAGGCAAACGGAAUGCCAUUCUGGAUAGUGAGAAUGUAUCAGCUGAAAAGGAGAUGGAGAGCACCACUUUCCCCUCAAAGACAGAAGAUGCAACAUCUAUCUCAAAUUGGCUGGCCGCAAAAUCUUGUUUCGCAUUCAUUCGACCGAACGUCCUUUUGAUUGUUCUGGGCUUGUUCAUGUCGGUGAUCAUUGGGGCUAGCUAUAGCUCGAACGCGAUCUUGUUCGGCAAUACUGUUGGCGGUCUCAGCCCAUGCAAGAGCACGGCGAAUAUUCGUCACAGUGGAAACCUAUACGGCCUGAUGUUCUUUGUGGUUGGCUUGGUCGAAUGUUUCGCAAAUGUCAUCGGCGGUUGUGCAUAUGGCUGGGCCGCAGACCAAGUUUUAUACCGAACCCGUGUGGCUUCUCUUCGAUCACUACUCAGCCAAAACAUUACGUGGCAUAGUAGCGAGGGAAGAAGUCCCGGAACUUUGGUUGCGUAUAUCACAGGCGAUGCAUCGGCACUGAGUGGGAUUACUGGCACUACCAUUGGACUUCUUCUUACGACUGCCGUGAAUCUUCUGGCUGGUGUGGUCAUCUCAUUCGUGGUCGCAUGGAAGAUAUCAAUUGUCCUCGUCCCGACCAUACCAAUUCUCCUUUUUGCAGGAGUGAUGAAGCUACGGACACAGAGUCAAUUCGCGGAACGACAUAAAAAAACCUUCUCCAAGGCCACAGAGAUCACCGUGGAAGCCUUGGGGAAUCUGCGUUUCGUUACAGGAUUCUCGCUGGAGCACCAGUUAUUCAAGGAGUUUCUAGAAUCCAUGCAGAAGCCGUACCAGGACACCAAUGAAGCGAUUGCGUGGGGGAAUUUCUGGCUUGCAUCAGCGUUCAGUGUCAGCAACCUCAUAAGUGCACUUGCAUAUUGGUGGGGCUCGAAACAAAUUGCCUCUGGGUUGUACCCGCAAACUCAAUUCUUCAUAGUUUUACCGGCCCUUCUGUUCAGCACACAAUCUUGCGGUCAGAUGCUUGCCCUGGCCCCGGAUCUUUCGAAGGCAGGCAAGGCUACGUCCCGUAUCGUCGAUCUCGUCAACACGAAUUCCGCCGAGGAAACUCUUGAAAAUAACAAAUAUCUCCGUUUUUCGAAGACAGAGAUGGCGUUGGUUUCUGAUGUCGAAGCGAACGGACACCCCGUAAGCACCUCGACCAGGAACAAAUAUGUUUGUUCGGGGGUCAGCGCGGCGCUGCAUCAAGUGAAAUUCUCUUACCCCAGCUCCCCCGAUAUUCCCGCCCUCAAGGGAAUGAGUAUCACCUUCAAACCGGGUGGGUACUACGCGUUGGUAGGCCCAAGUGGAUCGGGAAAGUCAACUAUCUUCAGCAUGCUUGAAAGGUUCUACUAUCCCUCGUCCGGAUCCAUUUUCAUAAAUGAUCAAAACAUAACCCGAAUUGUCUCAACCGACUUUAGAGACGGUAUUGCUCUUGUGCCCCAAGAAAACGCUCUUUUUGAAGGAACCGUCGCGUUCAACAUCGCGCUAGGAGCAAGGCCAGGAUACAAGCCAACACAAGCUGAGAUUGAAGAAGCGUGCAAAUUGGCUCAUAUUCACGAUGUGAUAACAGCCCUACCUGAUAAAUAUGAAACUCUUUGCACGCGUGAUGGAAAGCAAUUUUCUGGAGGCCAACGUCAGCGUCUGUCAAUCGCAAGGGCACUAGUUCGAGGACCGAGUCUUUUGCUACUUGAUGAGUCUACAAGCGCUCUCGAUGGUGAAUCUGAGCAGAAAAUCCAAGACGCAUUAUCGGGUUUUGCUGGAAAAAUGACGGUCAUUGCUAUUGCGCAUCGUUUGAGAACAAUAUAUCGGGCAGAUCAGAUUUUCCUCAUUAAAGAUGGCUGCUGCGUUGAUCAUGGAACCCAUUCUCAGCUUGUUGAACGCAGUGAGAUGUACCGUGAGGCUGUGCGUCACCAGUCUUUUGAUUGA